UUUGGAAGGCUCAUGACGAUAUGGUGGCAAAGAGUACUGAUGAGAGUACGGAAGAUGAACAUCUUGCCCAUGAAUUAAGACAAUAUUUAAAGCAAUCGGUAAUUGCUCGACAUUACGAUCCAUUUCAACAUUGGAAAUCCUUACAGAAUUCGUUUCCAACGCUGUACGAACUGGCAAUUCGAUACAUCAGUAUUAUUAGUACCUCUGUACCAUCAGAAAGGAAAUUUUCCGAGGCUGGUGACAUCAAGAGCAAUGAGAGAAAUCGAUUAACGGGACCACUUUCAUUUACAAACGGCAGUCUCAAAUCUACUACUACAAAUUCAAAUUAUCUGAAGAAAUAUAUGGUAAGAUUGGUAAGGAAAUGAUAGAACAAUAGACAAAUAACAAAAAAAAUUUCUAAAAUAUUUAAAAUUGUUUAGCGAUGAAAAUAAAAUGAACUUUAUAU